GGGAGAGGGAGAGGAGGAGAUGGGAGAGGAGGAGGAGAUGGGAGAGGAGGAGAUGGGAGAGGGAGAGGAGGAGAUGGGGGAGGAGGAGGAGGAGAUGGGAAGAACACUACAGCUCCCACACAGCUACAGUCUGUUAACAAAGGGAUGAACAUGGCACCUUCACAACACACUGCGUCGAGCCAAUCCAAGUUUGAGGAGAUCAGGAAGUCCAACCAGGCUGCUGCUCAGCGAUUGGUUCAGAGCCAGUACAGCUCCUCCUCAGACGAUGAUGUCGAUGAUAUAGUUGAUGACGGUGGGAAGGUGGAGGGGAAGGACGGUAAACGAGGGAAGAUUCUGGCCUCGACGCUCACCACCUACACGGACCAGAGUGGUGGAGAUGUGACAGACCUAGAGAGAACUCGUCAGUACCUGAGUGAUGCGUUCCAGUCCGGUGCCAUCACCUGCCUUAUCUGUAUCGCCUCCGUCAAGAGAACCCAGGCUGUAUGGAGUUGUGCUGGUUGUUUCUGUCUGUUCCAUAUCCCCUGUAUUCAGAAGUGGGCUAAGGACUCGGUCUUUCUCCUCUCCUCUGUCACUGAUGAAGACUUUGGGAAGAAAGAUCACCCCUGGCCUUGUCCUAAAUGUCGUUAUGAGUACAGCCCCUCCCAGACCCCCAGUAGGUAUGUCUGUUACUGUGGGAAGGUACAGGAUCCUCCUCUGGACCCAUGGCUGUUACCUCACUCCUGUGGGCUGGUCUGUGAUAGGGCCUUGAACCCAGCCUGUGGACACCACUGUCUGCUGCUCUGUCAUCCAGGUCCCUGCCCACCUUGUCCUAAGAUGGUAUCAGUCAGCUGUAUGUGUUCUAAGGCCAUGCCCGUCCCGCGUCGCUGUAGCAACAAGCCCUGGAGCUGUCAGAAGACCUGUGGCAAGACUCUGCCCUGUAAACAACACGCCUGUAACAGCAGCUGUCACUCAGGUGUGUGUGAGCCGUGUCCGAGGGUCAGUGUCCAGAGGUGUGUCUGUGGACAGGAGGAGGCAGAGAGACAGUGUGCCAGCCCUGUGUGGCACUGUCAACAGCCGUGUGGUCGUCCUCUCUCCUGUGGUAAUCAUACAUGUGAGAGAAUGUGUCAUUCAGGUCUGUGUGGGGCGUGUCCUCGAUCUGGCAACAGAGCCUGUCCCUGCGGCAAGUCAAAGAGUUCUCUCCCCUGUACUGAGGAUGUCCCUACCUGUGGUGACACCUGUGACAAGGUGAUGGAAUGUGGCUUACACACCUGUUCCAUGAGGUGUCACAGAGGGGCCUGUGAAACCUGCAGACAGGAGGUAGAGAAGCAGUGUCGCUGUGGGAAAUACACGCGUCUCAUGCCGUGUCAUAAGGAGUACCUUUGUGAGUCUAAAUGCCCCAACACCAGAGGCUGUUCACGGCAUCAGUGCAGGAGGAAGUGCUGCUCUGGUAACUGCCCGCCAUGUGACCAGAGCUGUGGACGAUCGCUGGGCUGCCGAAACCACAAAUGUCCCUCCGUCUGUCACCAAGGCAGCUGCUAUCCCUGUCCAGAGACGGUGGAUGUGAAGUGUGUGUGUGAAUCCACAUCUCUGACUGUUCCCUGUGGGAGGGAGAGGAGUACCAAGCCCCCACGCUGUAAAGAACUGUGCAGGUCUCCCCCAUCCUGCCACCACCCCAGCAGAGAGACCCAUCGCUGUCACCCUGGUCCCUGCCCUCCCUGUCGCCAGGCCUGUCUCCUGGCCCUGAAACGAUGCCAACACCCCUGUCCCCAACCCUGCCACGACCAGGUCAUGGUGAAGACCAGCGACAGGCUUGUUUUGCAGGUCCUAGCAGGCCCGUGGGAGCAGUCGUCAGAACCUGCGUUUGUCCGUAAAGCUCUCCCCUGCCCGCCCUGCCUGGUCCCUAUACCCACGGCCUGUCUUGGAGAGCAUGAGGUGAGCCCGGUCCCAUGCCACCGUCGAGGGCCUUUCUCCUGUAAGCGUGUCUGUGGUCGAACUCUGACCUGUGGUAACCAUAGCUGCACCAAGGACUGUCACCGUGUCACCGCGACAACCAACAAACUACAGGCGGGUCCAGAGUGUGUGGUGUGUGAGGAGGGGUGUGUUAAUCCUCGCCCCCCUGGCUGUCCCCACCCGUGCCUGUUGGCAUGCCACCCGGGGUCGUGCCCCCCCUGCCAACAGAUGACCCGACAACGCUGUCACUGCAAGAUCUCCCUGCUCUACAUCGACUGCCUGACAUUCAGAAGUGCGGAAGAUGAGACUAAAGCUGAUCUGGGGUCCUGUAAGAACCAAUGUCCUAAACAG